GCUGAAAAUUUAUCGUAGUUGACUGCUCUAAUUAGCUCACAAUUGCGCGUUGAAAAUCGUCCGGAAUUUUACGUUUUGGUCAUGCCGAUUCGGGCUUUACGUCGUAUAUUUAUAUCACGUGAUUGUGAAUGACAGAACAUCGACAAUGGAGUUCGAGACAUCAGAACAAAGCUCAGAAAGCUCAUCAAGCCCACAAAGGGAAUAUCAGAGAGGCCGAGGACGUGGUAGGCCACGUAGAAUGAGGGGAGGGAGAGGCCGACCCAGAUCGAGACAAACAGGGCAAGAACGACCAACGGUACAACCAAUAAGAGGACGGCGACGAAGGGGACAGCCUGACAUUGACCGUGCCAGUGCUGCUCUAGAGGAGCGACGGAGGGAUAUAGAGAGAAGAGUAGAGAGUCUUUCUCCUGAGCAAAUGAGGGAUACACUGCAGAGAGUUGUGAGGGAAAACCCAGAGUACCUCUUUACCAUAUUAGAUUCCACACAGCCAAGCGCUGGAGGGAGUGGACAUCCUCCUCCUGAGGGAUCACAGCAGCCAUCCUGGUGCAGUUGCACUUUCUGCAGAGAAAUGCCAACUCAAAGAGAAAGACUUUGCUGCAAGAGAAAUCAGGAUAGCUGUGUUUCAAGAGUACCUGAUUUUGAUGUCCUUAUCCUGAAUGAAGCUGUGCUUGCUUUGGCUAGGCUUUACCGACAGGGUAUUUUGGCACAACCUGAAGAUGAAGACAGAAACAAGGCCAAUCGCCACACGGCAUACCGCCAAUUUGUACUAUGGCAUCAUGGGAAACUUGGUGCGGGUAACCGAAGAGUAAUUCCAAGUUGCUGCAUCUGGAAGAUACGAGAUCAGUUCCCCGACCGUUUUGGAAAUUAUGUAGGAUUCCUUGAUGAUCCAUUACAGUGAAGAAAAAAAAACUAAUGGUUCCUAUUCCACAGGAGCCCCAUAAUAAUGAAAAGCUAACUUUAAA